UCCAGAGAAUGCAGGAUGAGCAAGAUGAUUCACCAGUGGUGUGAGAGCUGCAGGAAGUGGCAAGAGCACUGCUACCUGAAACACAUGGGCGCAAGCAAGGUCCGUUUCUUCAAGCUCAUGACCGGGGAUUUUGCACAGAGCAUUAGCAUACCAAGGAAGUUUGUGAGUAAUCUAAAUGGGCAGAUCACCAAAGGGUUAAACCUGAAAGCACCCAGCGGCGAAACAUGGCUCAUCGAGGUUGCCAAGAAUGCUGAUGAGCUGUUGUUCAUGUCGGGAUGGGAUAAUUUUGCCAAAGCAAAUGAGCUGCAAGAGAAUGACCUCCUCAUCUUCACACGCAGUGGCAAAUACUCCUUUGAUGUCCAGAUCUUCGACGCCAGUGGCUGCGAGAAAGUGCCUUGUUUCUUCACCAGUAAAAAGGGUCCUUGUAUGCACAAGCACUUGGAUGGCAUAGUGGAUCAGCACGCUGAGCACUGCAUUUUAAGUGAUUCAGAUGAUUUAAGAAUGCCGUUGCGCCUCAUUGGAUCCCCACACAAGGCAUCUACUUCAAAGAAGAUGAGUGGCAAGACUAAACCAAGGAAAGAGCCUGAAUCUCCAAGCAGUGGCAGCUACCAUAUCAAGCCAGAGCCCAUCAGCAAUGAAGAGCAGAGCGGCGACAGGCUUUUCGAUUCCAACUACUAUUAUUCAAGGUCUGCCAGCAACCUAACUGGUGAUGAACGGGAUCAGAUAUUUGGUUUGGCGUCGAUUCAACCAGGCAAUCCAGCAUUUGUGGCUGUCCUGCACAAGACCCAUAUUGGGCACAAGAACAACUUGCUGACCAUCCACCAUGGAUUUGCUGCAGAUCACCUUGAGGGAAGAUCCCAUGACAUCCUGCUCCUCAGACCAAAGAGGAAAGACAAGUGGUAUGUCAGGUACUACCAUGCGAGCCACACCAGAGGCUUCAACUGCCGUCGCUGGGUCAAGUUCAUCCGCGACAACAGACUGCGCAAGGAUCACAUCUGCAUCUUUGAGCUGAUGAAAGGCGCGAGGAUGACAACAAUGGUUGUCCAUGUCCUCAGGAAGGUUGAUGGAAGGCUUGUCCUGGUGGCCUAAGUUCAUGUAUCCUAGUUUGCUAUGUUGUAUCAUGUGUAGCUUUGUGCUGUAUUUUAUGUACG